AUGUGUAAAGUGUAUAGAGAUAUAGUCGGUAGUGCAUACUACGUUGCACCUGAAGUAUUACAUCGAAACUACGGGAAAGAGAUCGAUGUUUGGAGCGCUGGUGUCAUGCUUUACAUUCUUCUAAGCGGUGUUCCUCCGUUUUGGGGCGAGACGGAGAAGACUAUAUUUGAGGCGAUCUUAGAAGGAAAACUGGAUCUUGAAAGUUCUCCGUGGCCUACUAUAUCGGAAAGUGCAAAAGAUUUGAUAAGAAGGAUGUUGGCAAGAGAUCCUAAAAAACGGAUUACCGCAGCUGAAGCACUUGACAGCAAAAUUUCAGAUAAACCAAUCGAUAGUGCUGUUCUUAUCAGGAUGAAGCAGUUCCGAGCAAUGAACAAGCUCAAGAAACUUGCCUUGAAGGUGAUAGCUGAAAAUCUAUCAGAAGAAGAGAUUAAGGGAUUAAAGCAAAUGUUUAAGAACAUGGAUACAGAUGGAAGUGGCACCAUCACUUUUGAUGAGCUUAGAAACGGGUUACAUCGUCUUGGAUCUAAGCUUACGGAAUCUGAAAUCAAACAACUCAUGGAAGCUGCUGAUGUGGACAAAAGCGGGACGAUUGAUUACAUCGAGUUUAUAACUGCUACAAUGCAUCGCCAUAGAUUGGAGAAAGAAGAGCAUUUGAUAGAAGCAUUCAAAUUUUUCGACAAAGACAGAAGCGGGUUUAUCACAAGGGACGAGCUUAAACAUUCCAUGACUCAGUAUGGCAUGGGUGAUGAUGAGACCAUAGAUGAAGUUAUCAAUGAUGUCGAUACCGACAAUGAUGGGAGAAUAAACUACGAAGAAUUUGUGGCGAUGAUGACGAAGGGAACUACAGAUUCAGAUGCGAAGCUGAUCAGAUGAUUCAUUGGAAUACAAUUACGGAUGCUUUGCUUCUACUAUUAAUAAAGUAAACCUAAUAAACACGAAUGUAAUGAGCAUCAAUGCUUCCUUGUAUUUUUUUCUUUCAUUUUUAGAUGUUUAAAUGAUUUGUUUGCUUUGUACCUGCGUGAGAGUGAGAAAGGAAAUCCCAUAAAAAUCUCCAACUAUUUCUAUUUUCCCUAGAAUAAAUCUCCAGUACCUGCAAAUCUUAAACAGAA